AUGGCCGUUGAGAAGCUACGAGACUCUACUCAGCCGAUUGACGUCGCUGCACUCGAUGCUACUGUUGAUUUCCUUUACUGUACCGAGUCGUCUAAGGAAGAAAGAGCUGCUGCGGAUAGUAUAUUGCGGGAUUUGAAAGCUAAUCCUGAUACUUGGCUUCAAGUGGUUCACAUUCUACAGAGCACCAGGAGUAUUCAUACCAAAUUUUUUGCUCUUCUUGUGCUAGAAGAUGUUAUAAAAUAUAGGUGGAAUGCAUUAUCUGUUGAACAACGUGAUGGAAUGGAAAACUACAUAUCUGAAGUCAUUGUCAAGCUCUCUACGGAUGAAGCGUCUUUCAGAUCGGAAAGCCUCUAUGUCAAUAAGUUAAAUGUCGUCCUGGUUCAGAUUGUGAAACAAGUGUGGCCUGCUAAGUGGAUAUUUUUUAUUCCUGAUCUUGUUGAGGCUGCUAAAACUAGCGAAACUAUCUGUGAGAAUUGCAUGGUUAUUUUGAAACUUCUAAGUGAAGAGGUUUUUGACUUCUCAAGAGGAGAAAUGACUCAGCAAAAGAUAAAACAGCUGAAAGAGUUUCUAAAUAGGCAACUGGAGACCCUCCUUCAGCACUUCUCUGUGGAGGCACAUAAGAAUCUCGCUCUUCAAUGUCUGUCAGAGGUUGCAGCACGUAAUCCUGGGGACUUAUACAACAUGCGAUAUGUCAACAUGUACAGCGAAUUCAUCACGAUGUUGCAGGCAAUCCUUCCUUUGGAUACAGAUAUCCCUGCGGCAUAUUCAACUGGAACUAGUGAAGAUCAGGCAUGCUUUUAUCCAGAACUUGGCCCUUUACAUAAACGAAUCCUAGAAUCUGCUCCCGAAAAUGUUCUUUUGUUACGUACCGGUCUGGAAUAUCUCACUCACAUAUCAUAUGUUGAUGACAAUGUAGUAUUUAAGGUUUGUUUGGCCUUUYGGGAUCCAUUAGUUUUGGAGUUGUGUGAGUCGCAUCAUCAUGCUGAGCACUCUGCACUGAUUACACGCCCGUUUGUAUUGAUGAUGAAUUACUUUCAAAAAUUUUGUGGCGGCACAGAGCGGCAAAAUAUGUAUUCUCAUAUAUUGUCAAGGUUAAGGAGGCUCAUGAUUAGUCGCAUGACUAAGCCUGAAGAAGCGCUAAUUGCUGAGGACGAAAAUGAGAACAUUGACCAUCUCGAGUAUAAGUUAGUGCGGAAGACAUUAAUCAACCUUUUAGACCUUGAUCCUGAUGAUACCGAACAACAGAUAYUGAGUAUGCUAAGCGAAGAGAUACGCCAACUGUCAAGCAAACUGAUAAGCACAGAGAUACGCCAACUGCUAAAAAAAGAGAACCGGCCUUGGGACAAUCUGAACACUUUAUGCUGUGCUAUUGGGUCUAUUUCUGGUUCCAUGGGAACAGAACAGGAAAACRGAUUUCUGGUGAGGGUCUUAAAAGAUCUGUGUAGUUUAUGUGCAAUUGCCAAGGACAACGACUAUAAAGCUGCUAUUGCAACUAACAUCAUGUAURUAGCUACUCGGUCUACAAGAUUCUUAAUGGGCAAUUGGACGAUUUUAAAAAUAAUAGUUCGUAGGCUGUUCGAGUAUAUGAACUAUCCUCAUCCCGGUCUAAAGGAUCUGGGUUGCGAGACAUUCAUAGYAAUUGCUCAGCAGUUGAAGUUCGAAUUUGUUUAUGUUCAGGUUGGUUGUAUGGUCCAGGCAGAACCAGAUCCUCAGAGGAAGGCUGAUUACCUCGAGAGGUUGAUGGAUUUCGCGAAUAAGGAAUGGCCACAGUUUAUAGCGCAAGCACGUCAGGGGGCAGAUGUUCUCAUGGUGCCAAAUAAUAUACGUUAUGUGCUUGGUGUCAUCCAGGCAAAUACGGUGGUUGCCACUUCACUAGGAAGUUCUUUCUUACACCAAUUUUCACGGAUCUUCUCGGAUAUGCUGGAAAUCUACAGAAUGUACAGUGAGCUCGUGCCAAACAACAUUGCUUUGAGGACAGAACUAAGGUCUGUGAAGAAGGCAAUCCUUAUUCUGAUAGAAACGUUUUUAGACAAAGCUGAAAACCUGCCAGGCAUUGUAGAACAAUUUGUUCUACCAAUGAUGGAUCCAGUAGUUAGUGACUAUGGAACAAAUGCUUGGRGUGGAAGGGAAUCAGAAGUUCUAUCACUCUUUGCGAUGUUAAUAAACAAGUACAAGGUUGUAAUGCAAGAUUUGGUGGCGCCUCAUAUUUUUGAAGCUGUUUUCCAGGGGCAGGGCGCUUUGGAGCUGAUUACUAUGAAUUUUGAAGCUGAUCCAGAGCACUGCCUCAAGUUUUUCGCGUUAGUUUUUGCUAUAGCUCAAUUUUGUGACCGUGUCUUGAUACAGUUGUCAAUUGAGAAACUAAAGCUUGUGAUGGAUUUAGUUAUCUGGGCAAUUAGGCAUAUGGAGAGAAAUAUCGCCGAAACUGGGCUUAACCUCUUGCUGGAGAUGCUGAAAAAGUUUCAGAAAUCUGACUUGUGUAACCAAUUCUACAAGACAUACUUUAUUCAAAUUGAGCAAGAAAUAUUUGCCGUCUUGACCGAUACUUUCCAUAGGUCGGGGUUCAAGUUGCAUGUGUUGGUGCUACAACAUCUAUUUUCUCUGGUUGAGAACGGUUCUCUGACGGAAUCUUUGUGGGAUACUGCAAUGGUACCUCAUCUGCAUCUAAACAAUGCCGCUUUUGUCCGUGUAUCCACCAUCAAGCUUCUAAGCUCAUCAUUCCCGAACAUGACUACAUCAGAGGUGACACAAUUCGUGAAUGGUCUUUCCGAGUCCAGAAGCGACCUAGGCAUGUUUAAGAAUAGCAUACGAGACUUUGUGAUACAGUCAAAGCAAUUUUCAGCUGAUCAGGAUAACAAAGAUCUAUAUGUUGGGGAAGCUGAUGCUCAUAUGGAGAGAGAGAGAAUAUGCUUUCGAUUCCUGGACUUAUCUCUCCCAACGAGAUUGAAGACACUGAUUCUUAGGAAGAGUUUCUUAAGUGAAUCUGAUCUGCCCAUAGCACCAUAG